CUAACUUUUUAUAAUAUGUGUUUGCCUUUUCAUGUAGGCCUAAUAGUGUAUGUCCCAUUCUAACUCUAUACAUUUCUCUCUCAUCCGUUCUUUCUCUCUCUCCAUAUAUACACCUCCAAGAUCAUGCAUAUAUCAAACCUCUUUUUUUUUUUUCUCAUCUCUUUAAUGGAAGAGCAUUCAUCCUCUGCAGCAUAUGCAAGUGAUGAUGAUAAUCAAGAUUAUGCACCACCAUCUCCUGUGAUGAAGAUCUUCGGAUUCUCGGUGCGAAAUGACGAUCAUGCCCCUGCGCUGCAGCAGCAGCUAGACCUAGAAAGCAAGAGGUUUGAGUGCCAGCAUUGCCACAGAAAAUUUGCCAACUCUCAAGCAUUAGGUGGCCACCAGAAUGCACACAAGAAGGAGCGGCAGCGGGCGAAGCGGGCCCACUUCGUCGCCGAUCACCGGCGGCUGGGGGCCGCAGUUCACCUGAUCGGGCCUCACGGGGCCCGAUCGGGCUCGCCCGGUGGGGUGUACGGCAAUGGUCUUGGUGCAAGGUUCCUACUCCCACCACAAGAUCAUCAGCCGGUUGUACCUCACGUUUUGUCGGGGGUACCUCUGAGAUACCCCGGUGGCGUCCAGGUGGCGCUGCCACAUCAGACCAGGUAUGCCAGCCGGGGCGAGGUGGGUCCCUCGAAACCGGCGCUGGUGACAGAUGUCAGUGAGGGAGUGGAUGUUGAUCUACAUCUGUGAUGACUUGUAUUAUUAGAUGUGAUUGCUUUUAGUUCUUCCUUCCAAUGAGUUAAACUUCAGUUUGUUUUUUCUUUU